AUUCAACAUGUUUAUUAUUGCUGUUGUUGUAUUUAUUAAUUGAUAAAAUAUCAUGUGAUAUUGUUGAUGAUGCAAAACAAACAAUAAAAAAUGUAGCACCACAUGUUGGACGUGUGAUACCACGUAGAUCACCAAUGUUGCCCCAAGAUGGUAGUAUGGAUUUGGCAAUGCAAAGUAGAGCUGUUGAUACACGUGUACAACUUGGUAUUAAAGAAGGUGAACCAGUUGGAACUCUUGUUGGUACAAUACCAAUAAAACCAGAUUUUACAUAUAGAUUUAAUGAGCCACCAAAUGAAUUUACACUUGAUCCAGAAACUGGACAAAUUAAAACAGCUAAAAUAUUAGAUAGAGAAAAUUUAUCAAGUGAUAAAUUUGAUCUUGUUGUAUUAUCAAGUCAACCAACAUAUCCAAUUGAAGUUAGAAUUCAUGUUAUUGAUAUUAAUGAUAAUAAUCCAGAAUUUCCAGAGUCAACAAUAAGUGUUACUUUUUCUGAAUCAGCAUCUGCUGGUACAAAGUUACUACUUGAUGCAGCAACAGACAAAGAUACAAUUGACAAUGGUGUUGGUGAUGAUUAUUUUAUUGUUGAUGGUAAUAUUGAUGGUAAAUUUCGUCUUGAAGUUACUGGAAAUCCAAGUGGUGAUAGUUCAUAUUUACAUUUAGAAACAACUGGUAAACUUGACAGAGAACAAAUUGAAUUUUACUCAUUAAAUAUAUGUGCUCGAGAUCGUGGUAAACCACCACGUCUUGGUUAUCUUAUUGUAAAUGUAACAGUACUUGAUGUCAAUGAUAAUCCACCAAUAUUUUAUCAAAAUGAUUACAUUGUAUCAUUGAAUGAAAGCUCACCAGUUGGUACAAAUGUAUUGACAGUUACAGCAUAUGACAAAGAUACUGAUGACAAUGCAAAGUUGAUAUAUUAUUUACCAGAUGAUGAGCAUAGAUUUACAAUUGAUCCAUUAAAUGGUAUUAUUAAAACAGCUGAGCCAUUAAAUUGUCAACAAGUAAAUUGUGCAAUACCAAGACCAAGUGGUAGUUGUCCAAAAAGUUGUGUUAUAAAUGUAUUUGCACGUGAUCAUGGAUCACCACGUCAAGAUGGCAAUACAUUUGUAACAAUAAAUUUACUUGAUGCUAAUGAUCAUGAUCCAGAAAUUAAAUUUAGUUAUUUUCCAGCAACAGCUGGUUUUGCAACUGUCGAUGAAAAUGCAUUGAAUGAUUCAAUUGUUGCUGCUGUUGCUGUUAUUGAUAUUGAUGAGGGUCUUAAUGGUGAGACAAAUGUUAAAAUACAAUCAGGCAAUGAACUUGGACAUUUUCGUCUUGAAAAAACACAAACAUUUGAUAUUGUUAAAGUUAAUGGUAAACUUGAUCGUGAAGAAAUACCAAUAUAUAAUUUAACAAUUGUUGCCAUUGACAAAGGUAUACCAUCACGUACAUCAACAUCAUAUCUUGUUAUACAUGUUAAUGAUGUUAAUGAUCAUGAUCCUGUAUUUCAACAAAGUGAAUAUACAUCUGUACUAUCAGAACUAUCACCAAUUGGUAGUUUUGUUGCAAGUAUAACAGCAAAUGAUGCUGAUUCUGGUUUAAAUGCUAAAAUAUAUUAUGAUUUUGAAUCUGGUAAUGAGCAAUCAUGGUUUAAAAUUGAUCAAGAUACUGGUCUUGUUACAACAAUAAACACAUUGGAUCGUGAAAUACAAGGUACAGUUGAAUUAAAAGUAACAGCUAGAGAUGGUGGUCCAAAUCCACGUUUUGCAUCAACACAUUUACGUGUUACUGUACUUGAUGAAAAUGAUGAAAUACCAAAAUUUACACAAAAUAUUAUACAAGUAACAUUAUCAGAAAAUACACCAGCUCAUAGUUUAGUUGCAACACUUGCUGCUGUUGAUAAUGAUCAAGGCACAAAUGGUAGUAUAUCAUAUACAUUACAUCCAAGUGUAUUACGUAAUUAUCAAAAAACAUUUUCACUUGAUGCAUUGAGUGGACAAUUAACAACAAUGAUAACACUUGAUCGUGAAAAAAUAUCAAAUUAUCGUAUUCUUGUUGUUGCACGUGAUCAAGGUACACCACCACAAUCAUCAACAGCAACAGUAUUAUUAUCAAUUGAUGAUGUUAAUGAUAAUUCACCAAUAUUUUAUCCAAAAAAUUAUUUAAUAACAAUACCAGAUGAUGAUACAAUUAUUGGUGGUUCAAUAAUUGGUAAAGUUUAUGCAACAGAUGCUGAUUCAAGAGAAAAUUCAAGAAUACAUUAUUAUCUUGAAUCUGGUGGUGAUGGUUUAUUUACAAUUGAUGAAAGAAAUGGUGAAAUAACAAUUCUUGAUUCAUUUAAAAAUACUAAAAAAAGUAUUUAUGAAUUAACUAUAUCAGCAAAAGAUACUGGUGAUAAAAUAUCACUUAAAAAUGCAAUUGUUGAAAUAAUGAAAUACGAAGAUGUUAAACAAUUAGAAUUUGAUACAUAUAAUGGUUAUGAAUUUAAAAUACAAGAAGAUCGUGGUGAAUGUAGUGAUAAUUAUAAUAAUGGUAUGAUAUUUAAUCGUGAUGUUGGUAAAGUAAAAUUGUCAUACUCAUCAUCAUCAUCAUCGUUGAUGGGAAAAAUUAUUUAUUCAAUUGUUUAUGGUGAUCCAAAUGGUAAUUUUAAAAUUGAUCAACAUUCAGGAUUAAUAACAACUGCUGGUUGUAUUGACAGAGAAGAAAUAUCACAUUAUAGCUUAAAAAUAUCAGCUAAAAAUGGUUUAUCAAGAGGCCUGACAAUAGUUAAUAUAACAAUUAUUGAUAUUAAUGAUAAUGCACCAAAAUUUCCAAAAGGUGAAAAAGCUGAUGAAGUUUAUUUAAAAGAAAAUGCUGCUGUUGGUCAAGAAGUAUGUUUAGCAAGAGCUAAAGAUUCAGAUAUUGGUAUUAAUUCAAGAAUACAAUAUACAUUAACACAUAAUCCUGGUGGACAAUUUAGAGUUGCUGAAAAUUCUGGUAUAAUUUAUUUGGCAAAAUCAAUACGUGCAUUACCAGGUACAGUUAUUAAUAUUGAAAUAACAGCAAUUGAUUCUGGUAUACAGCCAUUAUCAUCACAACAUCAAAUUAAAAUAACAAUUGAAGAUGUCAAUGAUCAUACACCAGUAUUUAAAUUAAUGAAUUAUGAAACAUCAUUAUUAGAAUCAACACCAGUUAAUGAACGUUUUUUUGGCUUAAAAGCAUAUGACAAAGAUUUUGAUUUAAAUGGUAGAAUAAUUUAUAGUAUUACUGAUGGAAAUCAAGAUGAACGUUUUGGUAUAUUUCCAGAUGGACAAUUGUAUGUUAAACAUAUUUUGGAUCGUGAAAAACAAGAUUAUUAUGAUCUUGAAGUUACAGCAAUGGAUCAAGGUACACCAAUGAGAAGUUCAAUUGUACCAGUUGUUGUUCAUAUUAUUGAUGAAAAUGACAAUCCACCAGAAUUUAUAAAUUCAUCAUUUAUAUAUCAUUUAGCAGAAAAUGAACAACCAGAUACAUUUGUUGGUAAAUUAAUUGCAACUGAUAAAGAUGUAGGAAGAAAUGCUGAUUUAACAUUUUCAUUAUCAUCAACACAAAAAGAUUUUAUAGUUGAUCCAAGAAAUGGUUUUAUUAAAUCAUUACGUAUGUUUGAUCGUGAAGAAAUUGUAUUAAAUACUGGAUCAAAUUAUAUUACACUUGAGGCAACAGUAACUGACAAUGGUAUUAAUCGUUUAAAAGAUAAAGUUAAAGUAACAAUUAUAAUAACUGAUGUCAAUGAUAAUGCACCACAAUUUCAAAGAUUACCAUAUCGUGUAGAAAUAAGUGAAUCAUCAAUAAUUGGUACACAAAUAUUUAGAGUAUAUACAACAGAUGCUGAUGAAGGUUUAAAUGGUGAUGUUUAUUAUUCAAUUGAAGAUGGUAAUAAACAAGAUGUAUUUGCUAUUAAUGAUGCAACUGGUUUAAUAACAUUAGCUAAAAAUUUAGACAGAGAAACAUUGGAUAAUUAUGAUUUAAAAAUUAUUGCAUGUGAUGCUGGUACAAUGAAAAAAUUAUCAUCAACGACAAUUCUUCAUAUUGAUGUACUUGAUGAAAAUGAUAAUUCACCAAAAUUCAUAAAUAAUCAAUUAAAAAUAUCAGUCAUUGAAACAACACCAAUAAAUACUGAGUUAUUAAAAUUUCAAGCAACUGAUGAUGAUUUAGGUGCAAAUGGAGAAUUAACAUUUGCCAUAUCAUCUGGCAAUAGACGUGAUGCAUUUUACAUUGAUGCUUAUAGUGGAUCACUAUAUUUAAGAAAACAAUUGGACUAUGAAGAUUUAGAAAAUUAUACAUUAAAUAUAAGUUGUACUGAUGCUGGUCAUCCAAAAUUAAGUACAACAAUAACACUACGUGUUGAUGUUAUUGAUGCAAAUGAUAAUCCACCAGUAUUUCCAAAUACAGCAAUUGUACGUCAAAUACGUGAAGGAAUAAGUGUAAGAACACCAGUACAUUCAGUGACAGCUGAAGAUCCAGACUCUGGUGAUAAUGGUAUUGUAACAUAUGCAAUUGCAUCACAAGAUCCAGAUGAUCAAAGACGUCAUUUUGGUAUCAAUCCAUCAACUGGUGUUAUACAUACAUUGCUACCAAUUGAUAGAGAAGAAAUUGAUACAUUUAAAUUAGUUGUUGUUGCAACUGAUAAAGCACAACCACCAUCAUCACGUUUAUCAGCUGAAAAAUUAGUUAUUGUUAUUGUUGAAGAUUUAAAUGACAAUGCACCAAUAUUUGUUAGUAUGUCAUCAUGUGUAUUACCAACAAAACAAAAUAUUUUAAAUAAUUUAGAUAAAGAAAUAACAAUAAGUUAUUUGCUAGCUAAAGAUUUAGAUUCAAGUACAAAUGGUCUUGUAACAUAUGAGCUAUUACGUCAAAAUGGUGUUAAUUAUUAUGAUAUGUUUCGUGUUCAUCGUAGUAGUGGUUUAAUAACAAUGAAAGUACCAAAAAAUAUAAAAACAUUUGAUAAAUUAACAUAUAAUAUUGGUGUACGUGCAACAGAUGAAGCUGUACAAGCUGAAAGACGUUAUUCAGAUACAUAUUUAACGUUAAUUGUACCUGGUGAAGAUGACGAUGAUGAUAAACCAAUAUGGCAAAAUCAAGAACAACUUGAAGGUUCUGUAUAUGAAAAUGAACCAACUGGUUCAAGUGUAUUACGUGUUAAAGCACAUAGUAAAAAAUCAAAUAUUAAUAUUGAAUAUUAUGUGACAAAUAUAACAUCUGGUAAAAGUGGUGAACAAGUUGAUAGGCUAUUUGAUGUUGAUAAAAAAAAUGGUCUAUUACAUACAGCUGGACUACUUGACAGGGAAACUGGCAUUGAAUGGUAUAACGUUGAAAUUUAUGCUGUUGCCAUUGGUGGUGACAAACCAAGCACUUCAACAACCAGGGUUUGUGUAACGGUACUUGAUAAAAAUGAUGUCGCACCCUCAUGGGGUCCAGGACCAUGGAAAUAUCAAGUGUCAGAAGAAGCACCACCAGGCACAAUUGUCACGACAUUAAAAGCCCAUGAUCCAGAUACAAUUGGUAAUCUUCGUUACAGUAUUGUACCAUCAAACAGUGCAAAAAUGUCGGCUGAUGAUUUUACAAAUGUCAUCACAAACAAUGACAUGGAUAGACAAUUUAGUUUGGAUCCAGUUACUGGACAAUUACGACUUGUUGAAGCACUAGAUCGUGAAACACGUCAACAAUAUAUUUUGAGAGUACGUGCUGAUGAUGGAAUUCAACAUACUGAUAUUAAUCUAAUUAUUCAGGUGACAGACACAAAUGAUAAUGCUCCAGUUUUUCAAUCAAUGGCAUAUUCAUUUGACAUGCCAGAAAAUGAAAUACGCGGUACAAAAGUUGGUCAAGUUAUAGCAACAGAUGCUGAUGAUGAAGGUCCAAACAGUCAAAUAAGUUACGCCCUAAUAUCUGAUUGGGCAAAUGAUGUUUUUUCUCUGAAUCCAAACACUGGUGUAUUUACUCUGACAUCUAGUCUCGACUACGAACAGGUUCAACAUUAUAUACUUGUUGUACAAGCAACAGAUGCUGGAUUUCCAGUUUUAUCAACAACAGUUACUGUCUAUUGUAAUGUCAUUGAUUUAAAUGACAAUGCACCAAUAUUUGAGGCAGGUCCUCAUGGUGUUGAAAUACUAGAAAAUACAACAGUAAAUACAUCAGUAUUAUCAGUUGUUGCACAAGAUUAUGACUCUGGUGAUAAUGGAAAGUUAUCAUAUGAAAUAACAAGUGGUGAUGAGACUGGUGAUUUUUCAAUUGCAUCAAAUGGAACAAUUUAUAUUAGCAAAUUACUUGAUCGUGAAAAAAAAUCAAUAUACAAUCUUGUUGUAACUGCUAAAGAUAAUGCAAAAUUACCAAACAAACGUCUGUCAUCAUCAGUACAAGUUGGAAUAAUUCUACUUGAUGUCAAUGACAUUACGCCUAAAUUUAUAACUCCAAAUGUAACAACAAUCCUUGAAAAUUCACCAUUAAAUACACUUGUAAUGUCAAUAAAAGCAAUUGACGAAGAUGAAGGAAAAAAUGGUUACGUUGAAUAUUCACUUGAUGAUAAUACAGUUCCAUUUAGUCUUGGUUCUGUUGAUGGUCAAUUACGUGUAUCUGGUUCACUUGAUCGAGAACGACAACAAAAUUAUACACUUAAAGUAACAGCUAAAGAUCGUGGUGAACAAUCAAAAUCAACAUCAACAUCAAUAACAGUAUUAAUAUUAGAUGAAAAUGAUAAUUCACCAAUAUUUAAUCCACGUCAAUAUUCAGCAACUGUUGCUGAAAAUGCAAGUAUUGGUGCAAGUGUAUUACAAAUAACAGCAACUGAUAAAGAUGACAGUGAAAAUGGUAGAGUACGUUACAGUAUUAUUUUCGGUGAUGAUAAUCGUGAUUUUACAAUAUCUGAAGAUGGUGGAAUAAUAAGAGUAUCAAAAAAUUUAAAUUACGAAAGAAAAUCACGUUAUUUAUUGACAGUUAAAGCUGAAGAUUGUGGUAUGGAAAUUGGUAGAGAAUCUAAAAAUGAUAUUGCUGAAAUAUCAAUUAAUGUACUUGAUAUUAAUGACAAUGCUCCAGUUUUUUUGGACUCACCAUAUUUAGCACAUGUUAUGGAAAAUAUGUUACCACCUGGUGGUGGAUUUGUCACUCAGGUAAAAGCAUAUGAUGCUGAUACACCACCGUACAAUGAUCAAGUACGUUAUUUUUUGAAAGAAGGUGAUACUGAUUUAUUCAGGAUAAAUGCAAGUACAGGUGAUGUGAUUUUAUUGCGAUCACUUGACAGAGAAAUAACAUCAGAGUAUACACUUACUCUUGUUGCAAUGGAUACAGGAUCACCACCUUUGACUGGAUCUGGUGUACUUAAAAUAGUUGUACUAGAUGUUAAUGAUCAUAGUCCAGAAUUUUCAAGACCAGAUUAUUUAGCAACAGUUACUGAAAAUUCACCAGCUGGUACUUGGGUUGCAAAACCAACAGCGAUUGAUCAGGAUGAAGGUUUAAAUGCUAAAAUAAGAUACAGUUUACUUGAUGAAAAAACAGAAAGUUUUUCAGUUGAUCCAGAUACAGGAGAUGUUGUGACACUUGUACCGCUGGAUCGUGAACAAUUAUCAAUUUAUCAUUUGACACUUGUUGCCCAAGAUUCAAGUCCAACUGAGCCACGUGCAUCAGCUGUUAAUUUAACAAUACAAAUUAAAGAUUUAAAUGACAAUGCACCACGUUUUACAAGUUCAAGAUAUACAGUAUAUGUGCCAGAUUCAACAAUGCCUGGUGAUUUUGUAUUUGGUGCCAAGGCAAUUGACGAUGAUGACGGUGAAAAUUCACGUAUUAUUUAUCAUUUACAAGGUGAUGAUUCUAAAAAAUUUAAUAUUGAUAGCUUAAAUGGAAUUAUUAGAGCAACACAACAAUUAUCAAUUGGUGGUAAAACAACACAUCAAUUACAAAUUAUUGCAUCUGAUUGUGGACAUGAUACAAAAACAAUAACUGCUGAUUUAGUUAUACACUUAUGGAAUCGUCAAUUAUUUCCAAGUUUUAAAUCACCAAUAAAUACACAUUUUACACUAUCAGAAGAUACACCAGAAGGUUAUUUAAUAACAACUUUGAGUGCAUCAACACCAAAAACAGGUGUAUCAAGUAAUUUAAUAUUUGGUAUUGCUGGUGGUAAUAUUGGUGAUGCGCUAAAAAUUGAUUCUAAAAAUGGUGAAGUAUUUGUAUCAAGUGGUUUUGAUUAUGAAACACAACCAAUAUAUGAAGCAUGGAUUGAAGUUAAAGACUCAGAUAAUCCACCAUUAAAAAGUGUUAUACAAUUGCUAAUAAAUGUCACUGAUGCUAAUGAUAAUCCACCAGUAUUUGAUACACAAAUAUAUAAUGCAACAGUGCUUGAAGAAGAAUAUCCACCAAUAUUUGUAACAAAAGUAUCAGCAAAAGAUGCUGAUUCAAAUGACAAUGGACAAAUAACAUAUUAUUUAUUAAAUAAUUAUGAUGAUUCAUUUAUAAUUGAUGAAUAUAAUGGUGAAAUAAGUACAAAUAUAAAACUUGAUAGAGAAGAAAUUAAUUCAUAUGAGCUAAUAAUUCAAGCUAAAGAUCAAGGUUAUAAUAAAAUGUCUGGUACAGCAACUGUUUUAGUAUCAGUUAUUGAUAAAAAUGAUAAUCCACCACGUUUUACAAGAUUAUUUAGUGUUAAUGUUACUGAAAAUUCAGAUAUUGGUUCAUUUGUCAUUAGAAUAACAAGUAGUGAUCAAGAUAUUGAACAAAAUGCAAAUGUAACAUAUUUAUUUAGUGAUAAUCCUGGUGAUAAAUUUACCAUUGAUUCAACAAGUGGUAUUGUUAAAGUUAAUGAUUAUUUAGAUAGAGAAGAACAAGAUGAAUAUUUAUUAAAAGUUGGAGCUGCUGAUGGUGCAUGGAGUCAAGAAACAACACUGACAAUAACAAUACUUGAUCAAAAUGAUAAUUCACCUGAAUUUUUAAAAUCAUCAUAUCAUUUUCAUUUUCCUGAGAUGCUUAAAAAAUCAUCAUACGUUGGACAAGUAUCAGCAAUUGAUAAAGAUAAACAAGGACCAAAUUCACUUAUAUCAUAUAGUUUAUUACAACCAUCAGAUUUAUUUACAAUUGAUCCAGCAACUGGUGAUAUAUUUAGUAAAAAAAUUAUAUAUUAUAAACAUACCAACUGUGCAUCAUCACCAGAAAAUUUAUACUCAUUAACUGUUAUUGCUAGUGACAAUGGUAAACCACCAUUAUCAACUAAAAUUGUUAUUUAUAUUAAUAUUAUUAAUGCAAAUAAUAAUCCACCAGUAUUUCAACAAUAUUCAUAUCUUUCACCAGUGCCAGAAAAUUUUUUCAUUGGUAAAAGAAUAAUACAAUUGAUUGCCAAUGAUGAAAUGGAUUUUGGUGUUAAUGCUGAAAUUGAAUAUAGUAUUAUUGAUGGUAAUGCAACUGAUUACUUUAAAAUUGAAGAAAAAACUGGUUGGAUUAUUGUUGGUAAUAGUUUAAAAACAAUAAAUAUUGGUACAAUAUUUACGGGAAUUGUUAAAGCAACAGAUAAAGGUGUACCAUCAAAAUAUGAUCAAGUUACAUUGACAUUAAUAAUAACUGGUGAAAAUAAAUAUACACCAAAAUUUGCAGCAUCAUCAUAUCAAGUACGUGUACCUGAAAAUGAACAAGUUAAUUCAACAAUAUUAACUGUUAAUGCAAAUGAUGAUGAUGGUAAUAAUAAUCCAAAUGGUAUGAUUAGAUAUAAAAUAAUAUCAAAUAGUAAUAACAAUGAAUUUUCAAUAAAUCCAAUAACUGGCGCUAUUAUGAUUUUAAAACAACUUGAUUAUGAUACAAUAAAAGAAUAUCAUUUAAAUAUAAGUGCUAAAGAUUUAGGCUUUGAAUCAAAAGAAUCAAUUGCAACAUUAACAAUAAAUGUAUCAGAUAUUAAUGAUAAUCCACCAAUAUUUAAUCAAAUUAUUUAUCAUGCAUAUUUACCGGAAAAUUCAUUACCAAAUAGUUUUGUUUAUAAACUACAAGCAACAGAUAUUGAUUCACCAAAAUUUGCACAAAUUGAAUAUAAAAUACUUGGUGGUACUGGUAAAGAACAUUUUUCAAUUGACAAAAAUACUGGUAUAAUAAUAUCUAAAAUAACAUUUGAUUAUGAAGAAGUUAAUGAAUAUACACUUGAUAUUGUUGCUUCAAAUCCAGAUUCAAGUUUACAAAUGAUUGGUUUUACAAAUGUCAUUAUUUUUAUAACUGGUGUUAAUGAAUAUUAUCCAAAAUUCAUACAGCCAGUAUUUUAUUUUGAUGUAUCUGAAAGUGCUGAGAUAAAUACAUCAGUUGGUUUGAUACAAGCAACUGAUCAAGAUUCUGGUAAUGAUGGUAAAGUUUAUUAUUUAUUUGUUGGUUCAUCAAAUGAUCGUGGUUUUUCAAUUGGUCCAGAAAGUGGAAUAAUAACAGUAUCAAAAAUAUUAGAUAGAGAAACACAAAAUCGUGUUAUAUUAACUGUAAUGGCUAAAAAUCAAGGUGGCAUACGUGGUAAUGAUACUGAUGAAGCACAAAUUAUAAUAUCAAUUGAAGAUGGUAAUGAUCCACCGGAAUUUAUUAAAAAUUAUUAUGAAACAAGUGUAUCAGAGAGUACGUCAAUUGGUACAACUGUUAUGACAGUAAGAGCUAUUGAUAAAGAUGUUAAACCACAAAAUAAUCAAUUUUUAUAUUCAAUAAUUGGUGGUAAUCAUGGACAGACAUUUAAAAUUGAUCCACAAAAUGGAGAAAUUGAAACAACAAGAAUACUUGAUCGUGAAACAGUAUCAAUGUAUAAAAUUAUUAUUGGUGCAAUUGACAUGGGUACACCACCACAAACUGGUACGACAAUUGUCAAUAUUAAUUUACUUGAUGUCAAUGACAAUGGGCCUAUAUUUGAACCACCAGAAAUAGUGGGCUAUGUCAAUGAAAAUGAACCAGCUGGUACAUCAAUUAUAACAUUAACAGCAAGUGAUCCAGAUUUACCACCAAAUGGUGCACCAUUUACUUAUCGACUUAUUGGUGGUAGACAAGUUGAUCUUGUUACACUUGAUAAACAUUCUGGUGUAUUAAGAACAUCACGUAGUCUUGAUCGUGAAGUUAUGUCUCAGCUAGAUAUUUUGAUUGAAGUGGAAGAUUCAGGUUUACCUAAAAUGAAAAGUGAACAUACAGUGACAAUAAUGGUUUUGGAUGAAAAUGAUAGUCCAUCAACACCACGUUCAGUUCAUGUUAUGGUAUAUUCAUACAAUGGUAAAAUACCCAUGGGAAAAAUAGCUGAUGUACAUCCAAAUGAUCCUGAUACCACCGGCGACUAUACAUGCAAAAUACUUCAGGGCUCCAAUUCCGGUAUACUUGGCGUACCAAACGCUUGCGAUUUACAUACCAACAAAAUUACCCCCGGCCUCGGAUACUCAUUGAGUGUAUCUGGUAAUGAUGGUCGGCAUCCAGAUGUUGUCUCCAAGGUAACUGUUGAAUUUUUAAUAUUUAAAAAUACAACUGUUGAAAAUACAGUGACACUACAAAUAUCAAGAUUAACAGCAUCUGAAUUUUUGGCAAUUCAUUAUCGUCCAUUACUUGAUAUGUUACAACAUGAUUCUGAUGUUGAUGAUACACUGAUGAUAUAUAGCAUUGAUGAAAAUGAUGGAAAUUUAAAUAUUUAUAUUGCCAUUGAAACAACAAAUAAUAAUUUCAAAACAAAACAACAAGUUACAAAAUUAUUAUUUAAUAAAUUUGAUAAAAUACAAAAUUUAUUAAAUGGUAAAAAUAUAAUAAUAAAUUAUUCACCAUGUGAAAAUGAUGGUUGUGAUAAUGGUGGUAUAUGUAAUAAUCAAUUGAUUGUUUAUGAUGAUACAAGAAUAAUAAAUAGUCAAAGUUUAAUAUUCACAUCACCUCGGGUUAUACAUGAAAUAAUUUGUAAAUGUAAAGAUGGUUUUACCGGUUUAAAAUGUGAACGUAGACAAGAUCCUUGUUUACCAUCACCCUGUUUAUAUGGUAGUCAAUGCCGUAGAAUUGGUCAUGAAUUUUCAUGUUCAUGUCCAUCAAAUCGUGAUGGUAAAUAUUGUGAAUUAGAAAAAGGUGAUGCAUGUGCAUCAAAUCCAUGUAGAAAUGGUGGUUCAUGUAAAGUUAGUCCUGAUGGUUCAAGUUUUUUUUGUUUAUGUCGUGCUGGUUAUCGUGGUAACCACUGUGAGGCAAUAACUGAUUCAUGUAGACCAAAUCCAUGUUUAAAUGAUGGUAUUUGUGUUAGUCAAAAACCUGGUUAUCAAUGUAAUUGUCCUGAGGGACAUUAUGGUAGACACUGUGAACGUUCAACAUUUGGUUUUCAUGAAUUAUCAUACAUGUCAUUUCCAUCACUUGAUUCAAACACAAAUGACAUUACAAUUAUAUUUUCAACAACUAAAUAUAAUGCAUUAUUAUUAUAUAAUUAUGGUGGACAAUCAAGUGGACGUUCUGAUUUUAUUGUACUUGAAUUAAUUAAUGGUAAAAUAUCAUUUUCAUAUGGUGGUGCUAGAAGUGCUAUAACUAAAAUACAUGUUAAUUCAAAUGAGCUAUUAAAUGAUGGACUAUGGAGAAAAAUAACAGCAACAAGAAAUGGACGUGUUGUAUCAUUGAGUGUAUCAAAUUGUCGUGAAAAUGGUGAUUAUUGUGAUGAUUGUCAACCUGGUGAUAAUACAUGUUACGCUGAUGAUACUGGUUUAACAGCAACACUUAAUUUUAAUAAUAAUCCAUUAUUAAUUGGUGGUUUAAUAAAUGCUGAUCCAAUACUUGAAAGACCUGGACAAGUACAUUCAGAUGAUUUUGUUGGUUGUAUACAUUCAGUAUCAAUUAAUGGUAGAUCACUAAAUCUCACUAGUCCAUUAUCAUCAAGAGGCAUUAAAAAUACAUGUCCAAGAAAUGAAAAAAGUAUUUGUCAAACUAAUGACAAUACAAUUUGUGGUAGCAAUAAAAAAUGUUAUGAUAAAUGGCAUCAGGUGGCAUGUGAAUGUAGUCAUAAUAUUUAUUCACCAAAUUGUCAUUCUGCAAUUGAACCAAUUAAUUUAUCUGACAAUGGUUUCAUUGAAUUUAAAAUAUCAGAAAAACAUAAACGUAUGCAAUUAUUGGAUAAUAUUUAUGAUGGUAGUACAAUGUGGAAUAAUAAUAAACGUAUGACAAGAUCAACUGAAUAUGAAUCAAAUAACUCAUAUCAAAUUAUAAAUACAACUAAAAAAAUUAGUUUAAUGUUCAAAACAAUUAAACAAAAUGGUGUAUUACUGUAUGCUGCAACAAAUAAUUAUUAUACAUCAAUUGAAUUGAAAAAUGGACAAUUGAUAUAUUAUUCAAUGCUCGGUUCAGCUGUUAAUAUGACUGGAACAAUUGACAAUAAUGGUUUGGCUGGUUUGGCUGAUGGUAAAUGGCAUAAUUUAUUGAUAAUAUCACAAUCAAGAAGUAUACGUUUAUUAAUUGAUAAUGUAUUAAUUGGUGAUGAGCUUGAUUCAGCUGGUGUGCAUGAUUUUCUUGAUCCAUAUUUAUCAGUAUUAUUUAUUGGUGGUAUACGUGAAGAUUACAGAUAUCAUCAAAAUGGUUUUAUCAAAAAUUUUGAAGGUUGUUUAGCUAAUUUUACAAUUAACAAUGAAAUUCAACCAUUCAAUGGUUCUGGCUCAAUAUUUAAAGAUGUCAUUCAUCAUGGAAAAAUUGGUAAAGGUUGUCGAGGAUUUAUUGGAAUAAGUGCAGCAACAGUUGCUGAUCCAUUGUCAAUUGGUAUAACACUUAUUAUUGUAUUUUUUGUAACGCUAAUUAUUGCAAUGUUUGUUAGUUUUAUUGUAUUUCGUUUACGUCGACAAAACAAGGAAAAAAUAUUACCACCAAGUGUUAAUAAAAAUACAAAUACAAUGUUAACAAAUUCACAUGGUAAUGUCAAUGAUAAUAUUAUGUCAAGACAUGAAAAUACAUAUAUAUCAGAUACAUCUGAUUUACGUGGUGUUGGUAUGGGUAUGGGAAUGGGAAUGGGUAUGGGAAUGGGCAUGGGAAUUGGUAUGGGACAUCUUGGACCAGAAUUAAUAUCAAAAAAAUUUAAAGAACGAGAAAUUAAUAAUGAACAUAAUAGACAACAACGUCCAGAUAUUAUUGAACGUGAAAUUGGAAAAAAUCCAUUAAUAAGAGAUGAACAACAUCCAUCAUUAAUAUCAUCACCAACACAAAAUUCACUUCAUUCACAUGAACAUAAUCAACAACAGCAACAGCAACAACAAGAUACAGAUAUGCCAGAGCAUUAUGAUUUAGAAAAUGCAAGUUCAAUAGCACCAAGUGAUAUUGAUAUUGUUUAUCACUACAAAGGCUACAGAGAUGGCAUGCGAAAAUACAAAGCAACACCACCACCAACAAUAAAUAAUUAUAAUAAUCAUCAUAAACAUAAUGGACAACAACAAUCACAAUCUCAAUCACAAUCACAACAACAACAACAACAUCGUCAUAAUGCACCAUUUCCACCUAGAUCAAUGCAAUCACCAAAUGUCGGUGGUCAACCAUCAGGACCAGCACCAAAAUUAUUACAAAGUACACCACUUGCACGUUUAUCACCAAGCAGUGAAUUAUCAUCACAACAAACGAGAAUAUUAACACUACGUGAUAUUAGUGGUAAACCAUAUCAAUCAGCAUUAUUAGCAACAACAUCAAGCUCUGGUGGUGUUGGUAAAGAUGCAUUAAAUUCAAACAGUGAAAGAAGUUUAAAUUCACCAAUAAUGAGCCAAUUAUCUGGUUCAACAGCUAGUCGUAAAGCAACACAAUCAGCAAAUGAAAAUAAUAAUAAUUCUAAUAAUAAUAAUAAUAGUAUUAACAAUAUAAAUAAUAAUAAUAAUAUUAAUAAUAUUAGUAAUAAUAGUAAUAGUAAUAUUGGUAAUAAUAUUAAUAAUAGCAAUAAUAUUAGUAAUAGUAGUAGUAAUGGUUCUGGUGGACCAAUGGGUUUAACUGCUGAAGACAUUGAAAGAUUAAAUUCACGACCAAGAGUAUCAAGUCUUGUAUCAACAUUAGAAGCUGUUAGUUCAUCAAGUGAAGCUAGAGGACCACCACCGACAUCACAUAAUUCACAUUUACCAUUACAUCUUCAUCGUAGACAUACACCACCAACAGAAAGACUUGAAAGACUUGAAAGACUUGAAAGACGUCACUCGUCAACAACUGAUGAAAGUGAAAAUGAUAGUUUUACAUGUUCAGAAAUUGAAUAUGAUAAUAAUUCACUUGUUGGUGAUAAAAGAUCAGAUAAUUUAUAUAGUAAAACAGAUGAUGAACAAGUUAUUCAAAGUAAUGAAUCACCACAAACUAAAAAUGUCAAUUAUGAUGGUUUUGAUAGUUCAUUUAAAGGUUCAUUGAGUACACUUGUUGCAUCUGAUGAUGAUUUGUCAACUCAAAUGAGUAAUUUAUAUAGACCAAAUAGCAAUGGAUCACCAUCAACAAAUACAGCACUAAGUUGGGAUUAUUUAUUAAAUUGGGGUCUUAAUGUUGAAAGUCUUGUUGGUGUAUUUAUUGAUAUUGCUGAAUUGCCUGAUGCAUCAAGUCAUGUAUCAAAUGGUCUUAGACUUCCUGCUAAUAUUCCUAAAACAUCCGAAGAAUAUGUUUGAUUAAUAAUAUUUUGCCAUUAUGAAACAUUGUAAAUUAAAAAUUAUUAAUUAUUGGUUUUAGUUGUUAAUAGAUAUUUAAGUUUCAAAUUAAAAUAAUAGAAAAAAAAAUCCUUUUAUUCGUCUUCCCAUGAAGCACAUAAUUUUUGUGCCAUUAAUUUUUUUAUUAAUUGACAAAAUUGUUAUACAAAAAACAAAUGUAUAGGUAUAUGAUUCGACUACUGUAUAUAAUUUAUAGUAAAAAAUUAUUAUUGAUAGCCAUAUUAUUAUGAAAAAAAGAAGAAGAAA